UGCAAUUUCAUGUUACCAGUCCAGCCUCAAUCAGCUGCCAAUUAUAAAUUACGAGUGUUUAUAUUUUGCGUCAGUUUUGGGAAAGUGAAGCAAUGGUGAUCACAGCCCCGCGGAAGAGAAAAACAGAAAGUUUCGACCGGAAAAUGUGGUAACCUCUUUAUUUUUCUAUAUACAAGAUCCGUUUUCAUCGGGUCACAGAAAUAGCGGAAUCGUGCUCUCGAACACCGUCCCGCGACACCGUCGCGGAUGUUCGAGUCACCCCGCGGCGAGGAUGACGCUCUCCCCGAAAGAAUUGAUAAAGCUGCUGGACAUCCUUAGCGAGGAGAACCUGGACACUCCCCUGGAGAGUCUCUGCAGCCAGCUGCACCAGAGCUUCCCCAAGGAGGACCGCUUCAAAGUAGGCACGGCGUUGUUGCUGAUGCUGCAGCAGGUCGACCUGCUGCCGAAGCACGUUCAGCGCAUCGUCGCGUUGACGCUGCUGUUCGACCUGUACAAGGGAGAGCCGCUGGCCUCUACGCCCUUCGCCACUGUAUUUGCGCAAGCACUGAGGCCGCAGGAGGACACCGGUAGUGGAAACCCGAAGCCGCCUAGUCAAACGGACCACGCACCCUUCUUGUCCCGCUGCGAGAGGAGCUUGCUGGUCAAUUUACUGGGACACACUCAGAAAGAUGUCACGAAGAAGACGCCGCACCAGAUCGUGGACGAGCUCUCCUUCGCUCCUGUGCCGCCUGUUGAUCUAACGAGCUUGCAGCAGCAGCUGAUGGAGCGCCAGUCCGAGCUGCCGUCCGUCAGCAAGUGCGGGAGUUCGGUGAUCUUGCCGGAUAUGGAUCACUCCAAGGGCGCGGAAUUCGACAAGACCACGGUGAGAAACGUGACGGAGAGCCUCCUCGCCGGAGAGCCGCCGUUGUGCAAGCAAACCUACCGCCCCGAGUUCAUCAGACUCGUGCCACCGCUCUUUCACUCGAUGAACGAGCUGGCGUGGUUCAACGUGACGGAGCCGACGCAAUUCACGAUCGAGUACGACGCCAGCAUGUGCGUGUCGAAUUCCGCCGGCGCGGAGGCGCGCAAGCUGAUGGGCAAGGCGUUCAAGAGCGUGCUGAUGCUGCAGCAGCAGCAGUACUUGAUCAACGAGCUCGACAGGGAUCCGAAGCUGGUUUAUCACAUCGGGCUCACGCCCAGCAAGUUGCCGGACCUGGUGGAAAACAAUCCCCUGAUCGCUAUCGAGGUGCUGCUGCGGCUGAUGCAGUCCAGCCAGAUCACCGAGUACUUCAGCGUGCUGGUGAACAUGGAGAUGUCCCUUCACUCGAUGGAAGUUGUAAAUAGACUAACCACCACCGUCGACCUGCCGACGGAAUUCGUGCACCUGUACAUUAGCAAUUGCAUCUCCACGUGCGAGACUAUCAAGGACCGUUACAUGCAGAACCGACUGGUACGACUGGUCUGCGUGUUCCUGCAGUCCCUGAUAAGAAACAAGAUCAUAAACGUGCAGGAACUGUUUAUCGAGGUCCAAGCGUUCUGCAUCGAGUUCAGUCGAAUAAGAGAAGCCGCCGCGCUAUUCCGGCUCCUAAAGCAGCUCGAGUCGGGCGAUACCGGUGGACUCAACGCUCCACCCGCAAAGGGUAAAAUAGACAUGUGUUAAUUGACGUUGGAACGUUAAACUAUUUAAGAUCAUUGGCUAAUUGUCGAAUACAAUAAAGAAGAUUAUUUGGUUGUACAUUAUUUUAUGUCUAUGUUGGAUUUAGUUCAACGAAAUGUAAUAAUAAAAUUGUAUCAUUUUAUAUGAAUAGAAAAUAAUUUCUUGAAUUCGUUAUCAAAGAAUAUGAUCGAGUUUUAUUUUAAAACAAUAUUAUUUUAGCACAUAAUUUGUUUUCUAAAUAACUGAACUUGCAACUUGUAUAAAAUAUCAGAAAUAAUGUACAAAAUUUUUAAUAAAAUUUAUAAUGUUUCAUGACACGCUCCAUCAUGUAUAAUAAUAAUGAAAUCAAUGCUGUGUAAAUUAUUAUUAUUAUAUAUAUAUAUAUAUAAUUGUAAAACGUUUACAUGUUGUUCUACCUAACGUACAUCGUGCUCCAAGUACAAAGAAGUGGAUUACAAUAAUAAAUAUCGCAGCCGGUAU